AUGAUGGAUUUCAACCAAGAAGAAGGGAUUCGUUUUCAUCCGAAUGAUUCUGAGUUACUCAAGUUCCUUUUAAGGUUUAUUGCUGAAAAGGACUUGCGUGACAAUGGCUUCAUUACUGUCCUUGAUAUAUACCAGAGAGAACCUUGUGUAAAUUAUGGCAUAGGCCGCCAUUGUGGUGGAGAAAAGGACGGGCUUCGAUAUUUUCUUUCCCCCCUACAUCAUAAGAAGGAACAAGGGGGGGAGCGCUUUUGUAGGAUUGUCGGGGGAAAUAAAAAAAUCGGGAAUUGGAAGCUACUCAAUAAAGGCAAAGAAGUAGUGUUGAACUAUCAAAAUUUAGUAAUAAAGGGAAUGAAGAAAAGCCUUUGUUUUGAAAAUAAGUCCAAGUCUUGUGAGGGAAAGUGGCUUAUGAAAGAGUACAGUUUUUCUGGAGAAAGUUUGAAAAAAUUAACAAAAUCAAAGUUAAAAAAUUAUUGCAUUUGUGCCAUUAGGAAAUCCAACAGAAAAUCUUGUUAUGGUUUUGGCCAAAUUCAAGAUAUGGAAGAGACUCCUGUGUCUGUAGGAAAUCACGUGAUGGAAGAGUCUCCUGUGUCAAUAGGAAAUCCCGCAAUGGAGGAGAUACAGAAAGGUGAUGGAACUCAAGAAAGUGCUAAGGCUAAAGUGAAAGAGAGAAUGGAAAAGGCUUUCUUGGAUGGUGUUAUGAAGCAGGAUAACCCUAUUCUCCGUUGGGUUCUCAAGCGUAUGAAGGAAGUACAAAAUGAACUGUGUGAGAUGUCUCCUCCAAAUUGGAGGCAGGAGAUACUGGAAACGGUUGAUAUUGAUAUCCUAUCAGAGGUUCUAAAAUCAGGGACGUUGGACAUGUAUUAUUUUGGUAGGAUUUUGGAAUUUGUGUUGGUUACUUUGAGGAAACUCUCAGCACCUUCGAUUGAAGAUGAAUUGAAGGCUUAUCACCAGAAAUUCCUCAAAGAACUAGGGGAAAAUACUCAGGGCGGAGAAAACAGCAGUUCAUUGCUUACUUCUUUGGUCAUCAAGGGUUUGCAAUUUGUUAUAAGGCAGAUUAAGAUACUCAAAGGUGAAAUAAGCAAAGCACGCAUCAAAUUGUUGGAACCAUUAAUCAAGGGACCUGCUGGUUUUGAAUACCUUAGAAGUUCUUUUUCCAACCGCUAUGGUCCCCCUACUGAGGCUCCAAUCUCUCUACCAUUAGUAAAGCAAUGGUUAUCUUCUGUCAUGUUAGUGGCUGACCAAGAGUGGGACGACCACCUGAAUUCAUUAUCAUCUCUGAGGUUGAGCAGUGGGGCACAUUCUUUGGAGAAAGCUCCAAUCACACUUAGGGCUGGAGGUAGCUGUCUAAGGAUGUCAGAUCCUCCAACACUGAAGACUAAUGCAGCCAAACAACGAGAAUGCAAGGGAGAGAAGGUUGAUCUGAUUUUAAGGCUCGGUUUGUUGCAUCUUGUCUGUGAAAUUGAGGGGUUGACAGUGGAAACACUACCUGAGACUUUGAAAUUGAAUUUCUCCAAAUUGAGAGCUGUCCAGGCUUUCCUCCAGAAAAUCAUUGUAAUCUGUACUAGCAUAUUGGUUUUGCAGCAGACUCUUCUUGCUGAAUGCCUGGUUACCAACCCCUCAGACAGGGAAGAUAUAUUAUCUAAAUCUGUUACAAAGCUGCUUAAGCUUCUGGAUAAAGGGGAGGGUGCUAGUAUAACCAAAGUUGUUGAGACACUGAGCUUUUGCCUAGAAGGUGAUGAGCCAGAGAAGCUUCAAGCAAGGAAGGAGAUCAUGGCGAACAUGUUGGCAAAGAGCUUGCGAGCAGGGGAUGCCAUUUUCACUAGAGUUUCGGGCACUGUUUUUUUGGCAGCAAAAGCAAUUUUACUUUGCAGAAGCGGAGCUGAGGGUAGGCGAUUGGCGGAGAACACCCUGAAAAGUGUUGGUGCCACUCUACUCACUGAAAAGCUGGUUGAGGCUACGGAAGAUCUGUUGGUUGUGGCAACUAUGUCAGCCAAAGUUCAUGGUUCAUGGUAUCUAGAGGUGCUUAAAAACAUGAGAGCUUUGUAGCAUACCCACUUCUUUAAGAA